CGAGCCACAAUUCUACUCUUUUCUCAAUUUCUGAUUCCAUAAAAAGCUUACCUUCACACUGUCUCACUUCUCUCUCUCCUCCACGGAAUGGCAACUCUGCACUCUCUUGCAUUGUCGUCUCCGCUCCCUAACUCUCUCCAGAAGCCCCGUUCUUGCUUAGUCUCAUCUUUGGCUGUUCAUCGAAGUGCACAUUCCUCAUUCAAUGGCCAAUCUCUAUCCCUGCCACUUCUGAGGCUGCCUUCGCUGGCACAAAGUCCUCCAGCACGCGGACCCAUUAUAAUGAUGGUCAAGCCAAUACAGUUCAUCCAAGGAACAGACGAGCUAACAGUACCUGAUGUAAGGCUGACUAAAUCAAGAGAUGGAACAAAUGGCAUGGCUAUCUUCAAGUUCGACCAGCCUUCGGUUUUUGAUUCUUCUGGUGAAGUUGGUGACAUCACAGGUUUUUACAUGAUUGAUGAGGAAGGUGUCCUUCAGUCGGUUGAUGUGAAUGCCAAAUUUGUCAAUGGAAAGCCUUCAGGAAUUGAAGCCAAGUAUAUAAUGCGGACUCCACGGGAGUGGGAUAGAUUCAUGAGAUUCAUGGAACGCUACUCUAAUGCUAAUGGUUUGCAAUUCAUUAAAAAGUGAGUCAUUGUGCCAACUUUUUCUCUUAUUUUCAUCUUCCUUUUCCAUUUGUCAUGGAGUUGAGCUUUUGUAUUAUAGUAAAAUACUGGAUUCAUGUGCAUGUACACAUAUCCUUCUGAGUUCAUCUGAAUUACGAAACAAAAUUUUUGCUCGUUUUGCUA